UCAGAGAUGUAUAAAACAUUAAGAAAUGAAAUGUUUUUGAGCAUGUGAUCCUCACACAAGACCCAUUUUUUGUUGCAUUACGAUAUGUCUGGGGCAAAGUGUUUUUGCUUUUGUUUUCUUUUUUUGUUUGUUUGGUUUUUUUUAACCCUGAAGUUCUUGGCUGCCAAGAGGAGGGCAGUGGUGCCUUGCAACUAAGUUGAAACAAAGUCUGCAUUUACCUUUGCCCUGUUUCAGUGUUUCCGUGCAGCCUGUUGCAUCAGAUAAAUACCUCCUUCUAGGGUUUAGAGGAACUGAAUACAUGUUAGGUUCAUUGAAGGGAAGGAGAUGGCUUAAAUAAGAAUUUCAGUGCCCAAGAAGGGUUAUGCUUCAGCAUACAAUUACUUGUGUUUACUAUUUUGGGGGAAAAGAGUAAAACUAAGGCCUUCUAUUCAUAGUUAUUUACUAGUUUGCCCCAGGAAGGCCUGAGGCACUCCAAAGGGCCAGCAACACAUGAGGGCAGUGCAGCCAUUGCGGGAGCAGGACAAGGGGACAGCGUGAGUGCCUCUCUGCUGGUGGUUUGUAACAUCACCAAGCUGCACCUCAGAUACUACUGAGGAGAUGGGUUGCGCUCCCCACCACACUGUGUGGAGCAUUGGGAAGCAGCUCCAGGUGCUCACUCCCAUCAAAUUGCUGGAGGAGAGCAUUUUCUGCCAUAGCCCCCGUGUUUUCACUGAGGGCCGAAUACACGUUAGGGAGAAGAAAGGCGUGGCAAAGUUGCGGCUGUUUCGCCGCUGAUAACCCCGGUGCGCCUCCAAGCACGACAAGGCUCGCUGCCAUAACGUAAAAUGGCGGCUGCCAGCACCUAACAUGGCGGCCGCGCAGCCUCGCGCAUGACCCCGCAGAUCCGGGCAACCCGCGCGGCACUCAUAAAGCGCCGCCGCCGGCACGGACCUUCUCCUCUCCGGCCGGGCUGUUCACGUGACGGUCGCGUACGGGCCAAUCGCCGCGCGCCGUGGCCCCGCUGCCGCGCGCAGGGCCCGCCUCGCCUCGUUGUGGUGGAAGGCGCCAUUGACGGAAGUCGGAGACGCCGCCGCGGCCGCCAGCUGCGUGGGAGCAGGGAGCGGGGCCCGCCGCCGCCAUGGACUACGGGGAAGCUGAAGACAGAGAUUGGAGAUUCCCAGAUACCCCCAUGCAUUGUGGUGUGAACAUGCCCAGUGGGUCAGUCUCAGACAUGGACCGUGAUUAUGGGCAUGGAGGCUAUGGUGGCCCACGAUCCAUGGACUCUUACCUUAACCAGUCCUAUGGGAUGGAGAGUCAUGGAGGUGGAGGAGGAGGAGGAGGUGGUGGUGGUGGUAACAGGUUUGGACCUUAUGAGUCUUACGACUCCGGGUCUUCUCUGGGUGGGCGAGAUCUGUACAGAUCUGGCUAUGGUUAUAAUGAACCCGAACAAAGCCGCUUCGGAGGUAGUUAUGGUGGUCGAUUUGACAACUCCUACCGGAAUAGCCUUGACUCUUUCGGAGGUAGAAACCAGGGCGGGUCUAGCUGGGAAGCACCUUACUCCCGUUCAAAAUUGAGGCCUGGGUUUAUGGAGGACAGAGGAAGAGAGAGUUACUCUUCCUACAGCAGUUUUUCUUCACCCCAUAUGAAGCCUGCACCUGUAGGCUCUCGGGGGAGAGGAACGCCUGCUUAUCCUGAAAGUGGAUUUGGAAGCAGAAACUAUGAUGCUUUUGGAGGACCAUCAACAGGCAGAGGCCGAGGCCGAGGACAUAUGGGAGACUUUGGAGGAAUGCACAGACCUGGAAUUGUUGUUGACUAUCAUAACAAACCCAGCCCUGCAGCAGUUGCUGCAAGAGGAAUAAAAAGGAAAAUGAUGCCACAGCCAUACAACAAACCUGGUGGGACAUUUAUCAAGAAACCCAAAAUGACAAAACCUAUUUUGAAGUUGACACAGAAAAAAUCAUCUAAUAUGAAGUCAUCUUUCCAGGAUUCUACUAUAGAGGAAAUUGAAGUGGAUACAAGUGGUGCAGUUGUUAUAUAUGAAGACUUUACAAGGGAUGCUUAUGAUGUUGGGUAUCAGACUUUUGGAGAUUCCAAAGGAGAAGCUAAAAGUGAAGAGGAGGAAAAGCGGCGAAUUGAAGCUAGAAGAGAGAAGCAAAGGCGUAGAAGGGAAAAAAACAGCGAGAAAUACGGUGAUGGAUACAGAAUGGCAUUUACUUGCUCAUUUUGCAAAUUUCGAACAUUUGAAGAAAAAGAAAUUGAAUCCCAUCUGGAGAGUGCAGCUCACCAGGAAACACUGGAUCAUAUUCAGAAGCAAACCAAAUUUGACAAAGUAGUGAUGGAGUUUCUUCAUGAGUGUAUGGUGAAUAAAUUCAAGAAGACAGCUAUGCGUAAACAACAGACUAGUAACCAAACAGAAAAUGCCCAAGCUGUUGAAAAAGAUAUCAUGGAAGGUGUUACUGCUGAUGACCAUAUGAUGAAAGUUGAGACUGUUCACUGCAGUGCUUGCAGUGUGUAUGUUCCUGCAUUGCACAGUUCUGUUCAGCAGCACUUAAAGUCUCCUGAUCACACAAAAGGAAAACAAGCCUACAGAGAACAAAUAAAAAGGGAGAGUGUUCUUACUGCUACCAGUAUCUUGAAUAAUCCAAUAGUCAAGGCACGAUAUGAGCUGUAUGUGAAGGGUGAAAAUCCUUUUGAAAUCAAUGAUCAGGCUCAGGAGCAGCAGACAGAAGAAGACAAGGCUGAAGAGCCAGCUGAGGGUGAGGAAGAAGAGGAGGAAGAAGAGGAGGAAGAAACUGAAGAGCAAACUGACUUUACUUUAGACCACACUGAAGAUAAUUAAAUGCAAGAAAAUGAGAAAAAAAAUAUUGGGGGGGCAAAACAGCUUUUUAUUUCUGCUCUAAAGUGGCUAAGACUUUUUAAUAGUCUCAAAUGAACGUUGUUGAAGACUCCCCACCCUAUGCAUGCAUUCCAUUCUGUGGAGAACUUGUUCAUAUAAUUCCUUUGUGUUUCUGAUUUUGUUUAAAAUGAAAUUAAGAUUAUUUUAGUUGAGCUUUUUAUAGCAAACUGACUGUUAAAGCUGAUUAAACAUUGUGUUGUAUAUUUUUUUAAGCUUCCUAUUUUUUUGAUGUGUGCAUUGAAAGUUUGAUAUAGUUUUUGAUCUAAUCAUUUGGAAGGAUCGUCUGGAGGUAAAUAUUUUAAAUGCUGUCUGGCAUAAGCUUAUGAUUACCUCAGUACAGAAAGAGUAAACUUCAAAAAUUGUGCUGUUGAGUGUGGCUGUUUUGGAACUGCAUUGCACUCUGUAUAAUAGAGUAUGUGUUAUAAUAUGCCUUGUAGCUUUUUGUGAUAAAAUGUACCAGUUUGUAGAAAUAAAACAUGUAAGAAAUGUUACUGUUCAAA